AUGAAAUAUAGCGGGCUAUAUUUCGUCUCCAACCCCUCCACCAACAUCGACGCCUCUCUCGCUAUCGUCAACACUCUCAUCCAAGGCAUUGAGACCAGCUUCCCAAACACCACGCGACAGCAAACACCAUGGUCGCUAUCAUACCGCGCAUUCCGCGACACGAUACCUCCGGGUUACCAGCCACCUGCGGGCGCAGACGGUAAACCAGAGCCAUACGCACAUUCAUACCAGCACCUCCUCCACCUUUCGAGCCUCUCGCCGAACCGCACAUAUGUCCUUGCACAACCGCGAGCGCAACAGGAAACUAUGACGUCGAUACCGCUGCGACAACAAGACGCACAUGCCUCAGUACUGCGAUACCAGUGUUCCGCUCUGUGGACACCUAGACACAUACUCGCGGUGCGAGAGGGGGCAUCAUAUAGCGGGGGCCUCUGUUCAAUACAAAUCGGCGAGCUACGAGCGACUCGUGAAGGACCCCAGUCAGGCGCUAUCUCGUCACCCGGCGUCGUGGUCUGCAUUAGCACAACGUUGGGCGCUGAGGACACGGAUGGAAACAUGGAUUCAGGCUAUGGUACAAUGGAGAAUGGUACAGCGAUGGAGGUGGACGAAGAAGAAAUCGACAUUGAGUAUGCACAGGCUGUGGUGCGCGACUGCUGGAGUAGAAUCAAAGAUGGGCGCGAUCUGGGCCGGUCAGAGACCAGGGAAGUGAUGAUGGCUUCGACUACGACGAACAUAAAGGGCCAGGAGCAGGAGGCGAUGGUGCGCAUGUGGUGCGAUGCUCUGCGCAUGCGCGGAUGA